UAAGACAAGACACUGCAAGGACCCAGGAGCGAACGAGACAAGGUAUGCAGCAGGAAUCCAGGAAUCAAUUUUUGGCAGCCUUUAAAAAGAAAUGUGACUUUUAGCAUCCGCUCUGCAGGUAUAGGAUGGCUGGCUGGCACCUGAAGGGUCCCGUGGCUUUAUGGGUUUUCGUUUUCAUCCAGUCCCUUUCCGGAUUUCGCAGGGAUGGGAUUUCUUUCUGGGAAAAGGAUCCCCACUUAAGUCCCGUGAACGAAACCCAGCUUUUUCUGCACGACACCUUCCCUCCCAGUUUCCUCUGGGGAGUGGGAACCAGUGCCUUUCAGGUGGAGGGGAGCCAGCAGAAGGACGGGAGAGGUCCUUCGAUAUGGGAGCACUUCCUCCACUCCAGCCUCAGGCACCCUUACAGGACAGAGGACUGGGGUGACAGCUACACCUCCCUGGAAAAAGAUUUAGCUGCUCUGAGUUUUUUUAAUGUUUCUUCGUACCACUUUUCCAUUUCGUGGCCAAGGCUGUUUCCUAGCGGGAUGGUGGCGGCCGUCAACCAGAAAGGACUCCGCUACUACAACCGUCUCCUCGAUGCUCUCGUCCACAAGGACAUCGAGCCCAUCGUCACUCUCUACCACUGGGACCUGCCGUGGGAAUUGCAAGAAAAGUACGGAGGCUGGGAAAACGACUCCCUCGUGGACAUUUUCAACGAUUACGCCACUUUUUGCUUCCAAGCCUUCGGAGACCGUGUGAAGUACUGGAUUACAAUGCACAACCCUUAUCUCAUCGCUUGGCACGGGUACGGCACGGGGCUUCAUGCGCCCGGAAAGAGGCGUGUAGCUGCCGCCUACGUGGUAGGACAUAACCUGAUCAAGGCUCAUGCAAAAGUCUGGCAUAAUUAUGACCAACAUUUUCGACCCCAGCAGAAAGGGUUUUUAUCAAUCACGUUGGGAUCUCACUGGAUUGAACCCAAUAAAAUCAACAACCAAUCAGAUAUUGGAAAGUGUCAGCUGUCCAUGCAGAAAGUCCUGGGCUGGUUUGCAAAGCCAAUACACGGAGAUGGCGAUUACCCGGAAGAGCUGAAGACGGAGCUUGCCUCCCUCCUCCCAAAGGCCACUCCAACCGAAAAAAAGCAUUUUAAAGGGACGGCUGAUUUCUUCGCCUUUUCUUUUGGGCCAAAUAAUUUUAAACCUUCAAGCAAGCUGCCCCAAAUGGGACAGAAUUUCUCCCCCGACUUGAGGGCCGCUCUGAACUGGAUUAAAGUGGAAUAUGACAACCCCAAGAUCUUGAUCGCCGAAAACGGGUGGUUCACCGACAAAGAUGUGAAAACAGAAGAUACUACGGUUAUUUACAUCAUGAAGACCUUUAUUAAUAUGGUUUUGCAAGCUAUUAAAUAUGAUCGGGUCGAUGUCUUUGGUUACACGCUUUGGUCACUCUUGGAUGGAUUUGAAUGGCAAGAGGCCCUCAACACCCGGCGAGGUUUGUUUUACGUAGAUUUCGAGAGUGAAGAGAAGGAGCGGAUCCCCAAGUCAUCUGCAUUUUAUUAUAAGCGAAUCAUUCAGGAGAAUGGCUUCCCUGCUGAAGAAUCAAACCAGACUUUGCAAGGCCAGUUUCCUUGGGAUUUCUCCUGGGGCAUCACAGAAUCCGUUAUCAAGGCUGAACCCGUUGCUUCUUCUCCUCAGUUCUCUGACCCUAACCUGUAUCUCUGGAACGUUUCUGGAGACGGAAAAUUCCACCAGGUGAAGGGCGUGAAAUUGAAAAACCGGGCAGGUCAGUGUACGGACUUCAUCAGCAUUAAAACACACCUUCAACUGCUAUCAAAAAUGAAGGUCACUCAUUACAGGUUCGCCUUCAAUUGGUCACUGCUCCUCCCCAGUGGCGACAUGUCAUCCCUUAACAGCCACAACCUGCGGUAUUACCGAUGUCUGAUUAGCGAGAUGCUCAAACUCAACGUGAAGCCCGUGGUCACCUUGCACUAUCCGACCCAUCAGUCCUUAAGCCUGCCAGGUCCUUUACUUCAACACGGCGGAUGGUUGAAUCAAUCCACCGUCCGGGCGUUUAGAACGUACGCCGAAGUGUGCUUCCAGGAAUUUGGAGACCUAGUUAAAUUCUGGAUCACCAUCAACGAGCCGAAUCGUUUCGGUGACAUUUACAACAGCAGCAGCAACGACACUUACCGAGCAGCUCACAAUUUGCUGAUCGCUCAUGCCUCGGCUUGGCAGGUCUACGAGAAACAUUAUCGGUCUUUCCAGUGGGGUCAGGUGUCUCUGUCCCUGCACUGUGAUUGGGCAGAGCCUGCUAACCCUUACCUCGCUAACCAUUUGGAACCGGCCAAUCGGUUCCUCCAGUUUGAAAUAGCCUGGUUUUUAGAUCCUCUGCUGAAGACGGGCGACUACCCAGUGGCCAUGAGAAAAUACCUCGGUUACAAAAAGCGCAAAGGCCUUUCCAGUUCGUUUUUGCCAUUUUUUACAGAGGAGGAGAAGCAGCUCGUCAAAGGGGCUGCCGAUUUCAUCGCCGUGAAUCAUUUCACCACUCGAUUUGUGAUCCACGAGUCGAAGAACGGGAGCCGGUAUGACUGGGAUCAGGACAUUAAAUUCAUUCAAGAUAAAACCUACGUAAUAUCCCCCGUUCGCUCCGCGGUGGUGCCUUGGGGGUUACGCAAAGCCCUGAACUGGAUCAACCGUCAUUACAGCGAUAUGGAUAUUUAUGUCACCGCGAGUGGGAUCGAGGAUCAGGCUAAAGACAAUGAUGAGCUCCGUAAAUACUACAUCGAAAAAUAUGUGCAGGAAGCUUUUAAAGCUUACCACAUCGACAAAGUCAACCUCAAGGGCUACUUUGGAUUCAAGCUAACGGACGUAGCCAAACUCAAAAUUGGGUUCUUCACUUCCGAAUUCCAAGCCAAAGCAUCCGUCCAGUUCUACAACCGGCUGAUCUGCAACAACGGCUUCCCCAUCGAUCCUACAAACAAAUGCGGACAGCCAACGGAAUCGGCCUCCUGCCCCUUCUGCUUUCUCCGCGUUCUGGAAAAGCCCCUGACAUUCCUGGGAUGCUGCUGUUUGGCUACCCUAAUAAUGAUCCUAAGCAUGGCUGCUUUCCAGAAGCAAAUGAAAAAGAGACGAGAUUGGUCAAAAUACUUCCAGCACUUCGGCCCUUCUGUGAAAACUAAACCUAAGAAAGUUCUCAGCCAAAUAUAGAAUCAUUUUCUUUGUCCGCUUAUCAACGGGGAUCAGAAAAAUGAGUGGAAAUUAGUGAAAACACUCUUAUUAUUGUCUCAGUAAUAUACUUAUGACUGGAAUGCCAAAUUCAGGAUUCUGACACAAGAGCCACACUUUGGUAUUUUUUUUUUUUACAAGGGCUCAUUCUACAUUCUUAUUCCACACCUUAAAACAUUUCUUCGCUGUUUUACUACGGAGAAAAUGGGUUUCCGGUCAACUAGCCUUAUUCACUUUCUUCAGGCUCUACAGAUUAUACAACCCAGUCCCAUGGAAGCUAUUUAACCUAUUGGAUAUCUUGCACCUUCUCCAUGUGAAAGCAAACUAUUAAAAAAAAUAUGCCUGUUGGUUAAUUGUUUUAAUUAGAAUUCAACCAAAUGUCUCUGUUGGGUAUAUUGGGAUAACAAGGUAGUUCAGUUUGAAAUGACGAGAUUUUAUACCUGUGCACUUUUAAAGAAAUGUCUUUGCAUUUCUCAAGUAUAAUUCUACUGGGUGUGUGUAUGCUGUGGUUUAGAGAUGAAACUUCAAUGAUAUACUUUCAUUUUUUGCAAUCCAAUUAAUACUCCAAGUUUGUCAAAUGCCAGCAUUUAUAAUAUCUAUCACCAAUGAGUUUUAAAACUCAUUUAAAAAAUCACUUAGGUAAUAGAGUUAAAUGGAUGAAGUAGCCAAACCCAAAAUUGGAUUCUUUACCUCUGAAUUCCAAGCCAUAAGAUUGUAGCUUUUAAUUUGGUUUCCACAAUAAGAAACAAGUGAAGUUUUGGAAAAAGACUUGAAAUAGCUAAUGAUUUGAGUUAAACCAAUUCCAGAUUUCAAAUGGACUAAAUAAAGAUAAAUGACGUUACUCCAGUGUCUUAUCGUGCGAGACUCUUGCAUGUAACUCCUAAAGUGUACGAAAA